GUCUGCGCAUUUAAAGCUAUCGAUUAGACUCGCACCUCCUCUCAGUGCCGCGAAACCGCCAAAGUCCCUCUAAAGCCCGGUUGCCGGUAAGCGGUUUCAGGCAGCAGUUGUCCAGAAAAGACAAGGGCACUAGUCGAUUACAAGAAGAAAGACAGGAGAAUCUCUUUUUCCAGUUUCCAACAGUAAAAAGGGCACUCUGCACUUGUUUUCAUUUUCUUCUCUUCCCUUUCUGCCCUUCCCCAAAACCGGUUUUGCCCAUUUUUCCGACUGCCAUGAACAGGACAGGCGACAGGUUUCCGGGGAUACUCGACCCUGGAGCAGAGGAGUUCCGGCCUCAGAACCAGUUUGCCCUCCUCCAACCCCAAAUUUACUACCCCUACCCUUCCUCCUACCCGGUUUCCUUCUACGAGGGCGGGGGGGUCGGAUACCAGGAGCCACCUCCGGCGCACGUUAGACCAGCGCCGACAGCGGCGGCGACGCGGGCGCUGCUUCUGAGCUUGGUGCCAGCGCAUGUUACGGAGUCGAGGGUGAGGAUGGAAUUGGAAGUGUUUGGAGAGGUGAGGGCGGUGCAGAUGGAGAGGUUGGGAGAAGGGAUCGUGACCGUUCAUUUCUACGAUCUGAGGGAUGCGCAGACGGCGCUGGUGGAGAUACAGGAGCAGCAUAUGAGGCAGCAGAGCCGGUUGGGGCAACAUUACUGCUCGUUGGUGAUGGGGAAUUGGGGGUGUGAAGGUGCGAAUUCUGCGGUGCCCAUGCCGUUGCCGUUGCUCGGCAGUCGUGGACUUGUAGGAGGCCAGGCCGUGUGGGCCCAGUUCGCAGUACCGGCGAUGAUAGCUGAGGUUGCUGAUUGGCAGAAUCAAGGGACGCUGGUAGUUUUCAAUUUGGAUUCGGAGGUCUCCUCCAGCAACAUCAAAGAGAUUUUCGAGGCUUUUGGGCCUAUUAAAGAAUUGAGAGAGACGCCAUUGAAACGACAGCAUCGAUUCGUUGAGUUCUAUGAUGUUAGAGAUGCUGCUCGAGCUCUUUCAGAGAUGAACGGUAAGGAAAUUCAUGGAAAGCGCCUGGUGGUCGAAUUCAGCCGGCCUGGUGGCCAGGGAAAGAGGAUUGCUGCUGCCGCCGCCGCUGCCUCAACACCAUCAUCAUCCUCACCAUCAUCCAACAUCUAUUACAGGAGAAAUGCCAAUUACCCACCGGCGUCACUGCCCUUGCCACCAAGGCUACAUGGGCUUUCUUUGGAUGCAUUUCCCCGUCCACCUCAGACCCUCCAAGCAAUGAAGAGAUCCAUUUUCGGCAAAGGAAGAGCUUCCUCACCAUCGUCACUAGCCAGCAGCAGCAGCAGGACUGCAAUUGAAGGGGAGCAAGACCAUCCAUUGAGGAGGAAUGCAAGGAAGAACCCCACCAACUACCCGCCAUCACAACCAAAGCCGUCCGCUCGUCGAUCUUCCUCUUCGAAGAGCCAUCACCAGAAGAAGCAAGCAGAUGCCAAUUUCCUCUUCAGUGAAGAAACCAUCAGCAAAGACACCAGAACGACUGUCAUGAUCAAGAACAUACCUAACAAGUACAGUCAGAAGCUACUGUUGAACAUGCUGGACAACCACUGCAUUCACUGCAACGAGCAGAUUGCUGAGGGAGAGGAAGAAGACGAGCCUUUGUCUGCCUACGACUUCGUGUAUCUGCCCAUCGAUUUCACGAACAAGUGCAAUGUGGGGUAUGGGUUCGUGAAUUUAACGUCUCCCAAGGCAGCAUGGAGACUCUACAAAUCUUUCCACUUGCAGGCGUGGGAGGUCUUCAACUCCAGGAAGAUCUGCCAAGUCACCUACGCUCGGUUGCAGGGUUUGGAAGCGCUGAAAGAGCAUUUCAAGAACUCCAAGUUUGCAUGCGACACGGACGAGUAUUUGCCUGUUGUAUUCUAUCCACCUCGAGAUGGGAAGCAGCUGACGGAGCCGAUUGCUAUCGGUGGGCACGCUACUAAGGUGAAGAAGACCGCGAGUGGUCCUGGAAGGAGGAAGAAGGUUGAUGAGCAGAUGGACGGUGGGGAUUCGUCUACCACCACGACGUCGAAUCAGGUAGAGGUUGGUGAGGAUGACGACGACGCUGAUGAUGGUGAUGAAUCGGACGGUGAUGAAGAUGGGCUUCCCGAAGUGAUGUUGAGUAGCUGCUCGUUAAGCAAUGAAGCUCAGCAGCAGCCCAAGGCUUUGAGCUGUGCUCAGGUUAGCUAAGCUAGUCUCUCUCUCCUCUCUCCUCUCUCUCUCCCUGGGAUGGGAUUUUUCCUUUUCUUUAUUUUAUUUGUAUUCAAAUUUCAACAUGCAUUUGCAUUUACAUAUAUCGAGGAUUUGAUGAUGGGUUUUACACAUCGGGAAGAUAUAGGCAUCUCUCCUGUCCUUGUACUCUCUCUCUCUCAAAAGCAAUGUAUUGUGACAGACCCACCACCCCCAGUGGCCGUUCCAUGGCGGGCAACAAAUCACUUGUCCCUGUUGUAUUGGUACCAUUGCAUCCGGAUCACGUUAGCGGCCAACCUAGCUUUAUGCUAACAUGCGCUGUGUGCGGGUGCAUGCAUGGCAAGCCUGGCCUAGAAAGUGUAACCGGUUGCCUUGUGUGGUUUGUGCAAUUAUAUUGUAUGCUUAGGAUGAUAUUGAGAUUUGACACUUUUAAGAUAGAAUUAGGAACAGUUUCUGUGGCCUGAUGGACCACACAGAUCAGUGGGCCCUUGUUUUCUGAUUCAGAUACAGUAUGUUCUAGAAAAUAUAUUUAUUAAGUGAUAGUUUCCUCUGCGUUAA